ACCGACUGAAUGACAAAAUAUAAUUUGCAAGAUUAUAAACAUGACCAUUUUUACGUUUCGUUAUUUCGAAUAAAGUAGUAUAACACAAUGUGAUUAGUACUGACUGGGUGAAGAUAUGUUGUUGUCUCCAUGCAAUCAGUUAUUUCGUGAAAUUUUAUUCAAAUGAAGGAAAUUAUGAAAAAAUGUUUGCUGGAGGUCAAAAUGUGGAGUGAUGACCCGGAAUAACAAACAAUUUAUUGGAAGCAGCCAUCUUUGUUUACAUUCGCCUCGAACGCUUUGAGGUAGGAACUGGAUCAAUCCGAGUGGGAAAUCUGACUUCCCAUUUUAGUCGAAUGCAGCAUUCACCGUGUAGUGCAGAAAGUUAGCAUAUAUUAGCCGCCCGAGCCGAGAAUGAAAAUUAGACGAACGAUAUACAUAAAAGUAACUGCUUGAGAAAAUGCUAAUUAGUCGCAUAUGCUGACGUUAAUGGUUAUCCAAGUUUUUUUCUCGCUGAAGUGUCUUUAGCUAUAAGUGUCUUUUCAGCUAUAUUUCGUGGAACGAAAUCAUUAUAGUAUUAUAAAGCUCGUCGGAUUGACUGAGCGUUUUAACGUAAUGUGUUUAUUGGAGAUUUUGGUAAACGUGUUGCCCAAAGUUAGAACCGGCAAGUUAGCGAGCUAAGGCACCAUUAGCUUUAGCAAAACUAGCAGCGCGGGGGUCCAGCUCAAGUCAGCUGACAGCUUCAGUCUGCUGCCGCUGCUGUUGGCAACAAGAGAACCGCGCGCGAUGGAUCAACUCAAAGUCAAGGACCGUAUUCUGGAAAACAUCUCCUUGUCGGUCAAAAAGUUGCAGAGUUACUUUGCAGCAUGUGAAGAUGAGACUCCAGCCAUCAGGAAUCACGACCGGGUUCUGCAGCGGCUCUGCGAGCACCUUGACCAUGCGCUCUUGUACGGGCUGCAGGAUAUCUCUUUAGGCUACUGGGUUCUUGUCCUUCAUUUCACAAGGAAAGAGGCUGUCCGCCAGAUCGAGGAGCUUCAGCACAUAGCAACUAACCUGGGUCGAAGUCGGGCAUGGUUAUACUUGGCGUUGAGCGAGAGCUCUUUAGAAAGCUACCUCCGCCUCUUCCAAGAGAACCAAGGACUGCUGCAGAAGUACUACUUCAAGAAUGCGCUGGUCUGCAGCCAUGACCACCUGACGCUCUUCCUCACGCUGGUUGCCGGAUUGGAGUUCAUUCGUUUCGAUCUGGAACUGGAUGUGCCCUAUUUGGACGUGGCCGCCUACAUGCCAGAAUACUACAAACCACACAACCUGCUGGACUUUGAGGAAAGGCUGCCCAGCUCGGACAGUUUAUCCCUGAACUCCUUCACCUCCCUGACCUCCACCAACCUGGAGUGGGAUGACAGUGCCAUCGCGCCCUCAAGUGAAGAUUAUGAUUUUGGUGACAUCUUCCCCGUGUUGCAGGCAAUGCCAAGUGCAGACUGGGAAGAAGGUGACCUGACCGACCAGGCCAGCUGUCCGAGGUCCAGUGGUUCUGAUCCUCUGACCGUCAUCAGUGACGUGGUGGUCUUACCUGCCGCCAAUGGCAAGGCGAAGGGGGGCGCUCGCCUAUCGCCGCCCAGCCCAACUUCCAGACACAACCCUUUCAAUCAUGACUCGGACACCAACACCUCAGCUGAUGUCACGCCGGUUCAUGUGGCCGGGUGUCACAGCGCUUGCACUACAGACGACACAGUGAGCACCAACAACGAGCUGGAAGUCAUUCGGAUGGCAAGACGAAGGAAAGCAAGCAAAAAACGGCGUGGGAAGAGCUCUACGAAUUCCAUAAGCAGCAUCCAUAACUCCUUAUCAUCUGAGCACAUCGAAAUCGACAGCACCUUCCCAAACACAGAGGAUUUCGAUUCUUUGAACUGCACCGUAAUCCACCUUGACGGGGCGGGAACAGACGGGGCAGAGAAAAGCAAUGAGGACGGCGAGGAGGCCCUCCUAAGGCUUCCUAAAAUGACAGACAUCUCCAUGGAUAGUGUUGGCGAACCCCUCCGGGAUGUCAUAGACAUACUUAACGAGGAUGUCUGGGACCCGCCCAAGUACGAGGAGGGUCCCGAUCCUCCUGCGCAGCAGCCCUUUCGAGAGGACUGCGGGGGUGAGCCUCCUGACUCGGACUCAAGUCCAGACCACCUGCCGGCCGCUCAAAACGUACUCUGCCUUACCCCCGACAAUCCAGACUCUGCUGCCUCAGGUGGUGGGGACCAUGACACUACAGAGCAUUGCCAGUCAAAGAUACUUUCAGGUGGCCAUGAAGAUCAAAGAAAGGCAAAAGCGCCAACAGGAGGGGAGCCUGACGUGAAAAACGAGGAGGAAUUUGAUGUGGACGGGUGUAAAAUGACUCCUCUACAAGAGGAGAAGCUUAGUUCCUCCGAAAGUUCUCAUCCUGCUGAAUUUAAGGUAGACAACAACCACUUACUACUCCUCAUGAUCCAUGUAUUCAGAGAGAAUGAGGAGCAACUCUUCAGGAUGGUGAGAAUGAGUACAGGCCAUAUGGAAGGGGACCUGCAGCCUCUGUACCUACUGCUGACUGACUGUUAUAUCUACCUGCUGAGGAAAGGUGCAGCAGAGAAGCCUUACACGGUGGAAGAUGCAGUUUCUUAUAAUGAGCUGGACUAUCUCUCAGUGGGCCUUGAUCAACAGACAGUGAGCAUAGUUUGCACUAAUAGAAGAAGGAAGUUCCUGUUAGACACAGCUGAUGCCUCCUUGACUCUAUGGUUCUUGUCUGUUCUUAAAACAGCCAUGGUGAAUGGUUGCCGUGAGCCCCCGUAUCCUUCCAUCCUGACUGAUGCCACCAUGGAAAAACUCUCUCUCACCAAAUUUGUCUCCCAGGAAUCUCACUGUGAGGUUUCUGAAGUUUCGAUACAUCUAUAUUCACUGGUCCACUGGGAGGAUCCUAUGGAUGCGACCUUGCCCAACUUGAAAUUACCUUCCAGCGCGAAGGAAGGGAUGAUGCAGUACCGGGCUGGCUCCACAUACCUGGGCAAGGAGCUGUGGAAAAGCUGCUACCUUGUCCUCAGUAAUGGAAUUCUGUACCUCUAUGCCGAAAGGACUGAUGUGACGCCUGUGCUCUCCGUCACUAUGGGGGGGGAAUACUGCGGAGGGUGCCGUCGUUCAAACAGCACAGAGCGUUCCCAUACCUUUCAAGUUAUCCUGACAGAGCGCCCCCCACUGGAGCUCAGUGCCAACAAUGAACAGGACAUGGCUGAUUGGAUGCAGCUUCUCUGCCGGUCUGUUUCCAAAGGAGUCAUCCCCCAAGGUGCACCCCCUAUCCCGUGUAUCCCGUGUUGUCUGGUUGUGACGGACAGCAAGCUGCUGACUUGCCAUCAGGACUGCCAGACAAGCUUCUUCCGCUUGCUGGGCAGCGUCGACAUCUGCGACGUGAAGGCCGUCAGCCUGGAGGCUAACGUGGAGUACUGUGUCAUUGAGUUUGCUACAGAUCGUGACAGCUUCCUACCCCCGUGGGUCUUGUAUUUCAGCGGGUGUGAGGAGAGAGACAGACUGUUGGAAGUUUUGGACAGCGCGUGGAGAAGCAUCUUCCAGGUGGCACUCCCCCACAGAGAGGUUUGCGAGCUGUCAGUGCAGAAGCACUGCGGCGAAGCCCUGGCCUUAAUGAAGAGCGCCUGGCAGCGGGCAGACAGUUUGGCACGGGGCCGAGCGCAGCGCGAGCCUUGGUGCUGACACACACAGACAUAUAAACACACGCACACACAGGCUUGAAUGCACACUACUGGCAGUGAUGGGUCAGCACACUCAUAUAAGGACAAUGACAAUGACCGGUGCUUCCGGCACAUCCAGAUAGAAUUAUUCUCCAUGACUUAUAGUCACUGAUUUACUGUUCAGAUGUUUCCUUGCAUGUACAUCAAAGCUGAUGUCAGCCCUCAUAUACAAUACACACCACUCUCAAUAAAAAGGUAAUUUGGCUUUUGGGUGAAAUUUCACAUUCCUCCUGAAAUGCCCUCUAACCUUUCCAGGUGAGCUGAAAUGACCUUUUCUAAGCUUUCCACUGUAUAGGUGCAAGUGUUUCGUAUUUUCUUACUUUUUGCACAACUUGCUCUUACAAGGAGCUAAACAGGAAAAAUUCAAAACGGGCAUUUGAUCCAUGAGUGGUCCGAUACGUUUCCUGGUUAAAUUCAAUCGGACAUUAUAUUAGGGCUGCAGCUAAUGAUUGUUUUAUUAAUCGAUUAAUCUGUCAAUUAUUUGAUCCAUAGUACCUUUUUGUCAUACCAUGAGUACACACUCACACCUACUACGUGUUGAUGAAUGAUGAUUUUCCAAAAAUAGAAUGUAGCACAAGUGAUUAUGAAAGUGAAAAUUAUUUUAUUACAUUGAAACAACUAUUAAAAUGGCGCCCGAUGGUCCAGUGGUUAGCACGUCGACCUCACAGUGCAGAGGUACUGGGUUCAAUUCCAGCCCCAGCCUCCCUGUGUGGAGUUUGCAUGUUCUCCCCGCGCCUGUGUGGGUUUUCUCCGAGUACUCCGGUUUUCUCCCACAUUUUAAAAACAUGCAUGACAGUUUAAUGGGCACUCCAAAUUUGUACCGAGGUUUGAAUGUGGGUGCCCUGUGAUUGGCUGGUAACCAGUUCAGGGUGUCCCCCGCUUACUCCCCGAAGACAGCUGGGAUAGGCUCCAGCACGCCCGCAACCCUUGUGAGGAUAAGCAGAUAAGAAAACGGAUGUAUGGUUGAUUUCUAAAGUAAAAGUGAGUCUUUGAAAAUAUUUUAUUCGGAAAAAAACAAAAAGAUAAUCCGUCUGCUUUCAUGGAGAACAGCAGAAGAUAAUAUUUACUGUUGAGAUGCUGAUAUUUUGUUGUGAAAAAAGUACCCAAACAUUGAACAGUUGAACAUGCAUAUUCAAAAGUCAAUAAAAGGUCAAACUCAGUUCAUUUGUAAAGGUUAUAGAUCAUUUUAGGUUAAUCCAGAAGUCUCACUGAAAGCUAACUUUUGGUGUGUAGUGCAUAUAUUGGCGCAUCUUAGUAAAUGUCAGUAUUUUCAUGCUUCCAUUCAAAAAGUUGAAGAUUAACUACAUACACACAGUCAUAAUAACAAUGAUUGUUCUUCACAGCUAAUGGAGAUUCACAAUCUCAAGAAAUGAAGAUGGUAGGAGUUGGCCUUCUGAAAUGUAUUUUCCAUCAAUACCUAGCCACAUUUCACUUUUUGAGGUCAACUACUGGUAUGAACUUUUCUAUGAUAUUCAGAUUUAUUUGAGUUUGAGGGGUAAUGAAAAUUUGAUGAUGAAAGCCUUAUAGUACACUUGACAUGAGCAGAUGGCUUCCAUGCAGACUUGCACAUAGUUUUCCUCGCGGUACCAAUGGUAGCAUUUUGGUCGCCGUUGGUUUGCUGAUUGUGUUAUUGUGAGGCAGAACUUGGUGCAAUAGCACAAAAUCAUGAUAUGAUUCACUUGUUUUUUGUUUGUUUUUAAAAAUUGUUGUUGCUUGUUUUGUUUUUUUUGGGGGGGGGUUGUCUCUACAACCACAAACAAAAAAAUGCUUUUAUCUUGUAACUCCAGUUUUUGCCAUUAGGAAAACAUUGUGGUCAAUACGACAAAUGUAAACCAAAUGGCAAUUAGUUUCUGUGAUAUCAAAAAAUAUGACCAAGAUAAAACUUUUUACACGAUUAAUGUGACCUACAACAUUUACAACUCUAAUUGCCCCAUGGGGAUAAAUAAAGUUUUCUGAACCAAUCAAAUCCAAACUGAAGUUGCGUCCGAGUUCAGCACACGCGUGCCACCAUAACAUGUGCCUCCAAUCAACCCCAGAUACAUUUCAAAUGUUCUAGUAGGCUUUUUUCUUCUUCUUCCAAGCAGAACCUUGAAGGUUUUUUUGCCACCGCAUUUUCUCAGUUGUUUAUUUUUAGUUCACAUCUUAAAGAUUUGUUUUCAUUGAGUUGGACAAGUUGUGUCACAUUAUUUGUGUAAAAAGUUUAGAAAUGGGUGUGUGUAGACUUUUCAAAUCUACUAUAGAUAUUUCACUUACACGUGCCGUCAUGUCGAGUGCUUUAUUUAAUCUUUUUCAAGUGCCACUUGAUUGCCUCUGCUGCCCUUUUACAAACAAAUCUAAUCUCAGGUGAAAAAGGUACUGUGCAUCCAAAAUUCACAGCUUUCUCACUUUUUUUUUUCAUUGCUGCAUUUUAUUGCGAUUCUUUUGCAGUACUUUCCAUGUUGUUCGUUGCAGUUCAGAACUGUUUUUUGUGUAUACAAAAGGAGCAAAAAUGUUUGACCAAUUUUGACCUCGCAUGUCAUUUUUGGCAGCGUAUGGCGUUCGGGUACCCAAGCGCACUUUAUUUUCCAUCAUAUAUACCCCAAGAGGCUACAGCAUUAUGAACACUGUUAGUUUGCCGUGGUGUACAACUACUGAGAGCUGUUGCUAGUUUUGAUAACACUGCAGAGUCAAACGUAUUGGGUUCAGCUUUGGUAUAAUGUGUCACAAUAAUGAGCAUAUUGUUAGAAUCAUACCUCUCUAACAGUGUUAAUCAAAAUUAAACUUUAACUGUUGGAAUGUUUUGGCUGGUCGGUGUUUAAAGAAAUCUCAUGUGGGAUUCCUUUUUUGUUUUGAGAACGCGAGAGAAAAAAGUUGCAGACUGAAGUUCAGAUGUGGUAAGUGUAAAGAAUUUGUGUCAACCUUAAGUGAAACAUUUCUGGCCAAUGAUGGAUGAGAUUUUCAUCUUUUUUUGUUUUCAUAAAACUAUAAUGCAAGCAAAAUGUGUAUUAAGUUACGCUAUUUUAUUGGGAUGUAAAUCUAGCACUAAUCAAAAAGAACAUGCACAUGCCAGUGUUGUUGUUUUUUUUUUAAUACCGUCAACUGUGCAUAUGAUCUGAAAAUAAUAACCUGGUGGCAGAACAAAUUAAAGUAAAUAAUU